AAAUAAAUUAUUCUUUUUAAGAAUAUAAGUAUAAUUUGAAACGUUUAAAAAAAACAAAGGACUCGCAGUACUAGCGCCAGCCAUCGCCGAGACGACUCUGUAGCUGCUCAUACUCAGACUCACCUCUAGAUUGGUCAAGGUCCUCUCGACAUCCUUCCCUCUCUAUUCGCAGAAAGCUCUUUAGAACGCCGGAAAGAUGGUCGAAGAAGAAGAAGUGUUGAUAGAAGUGGAAGCGGUGCAAGCGGUGUACGGAGACGAUUGUGUGGUUCUAGAUUCUUUCCCUCCCCAUCUUCAUGUCCACAUCAAACCCCGAACCGCCGAUAUAUCUUCCCAACAGUUUGUGGAAGCAGUUAUCGGGAUACGAGCAUGUUCCCAGUAUCCAAAGGAACCACCCAGUAUUGAUUUUAUAGAAUCGAAGGGGCUUGAUGAAGAAAGGCAGAAGGAACUAAUAAAAAGCAUACAAGACAAAGCAUGUGAACUCUCCUCAUGUUUGAUGCUUGUAGCACUUUGUGAGGAAGCAGUGGAGAAGCUCUCUAUUAUGAAUCACCCUGAUGGCAAUUGUCCAUUGUGUUUGUACCCUUUGCUCCUAGAAGAUGAACAGAAUGAAACCUUGCCAUUUAUGAAGCUGAUGUCUUGUUUCCAUUGCUUUCACUGUGAAUGCAUCAUGAAUUGGUGGAAUUGGAUCCAAAAAGAGAAACAAAGUGACAUUAACAUCUCAUCUACUACAACUCUACAUUCCAUCAGAGAUGGGGAAAAUCAGAAUGACAUAAUUGGUUUAAAAGAAGAAAGUAUGGGGAGCUGUCCAGUUUGCCGCAAGGUUUUUCACGUCAAGGAUUUUGAACAUGUGCUCAGCUUGGUUGGAACGCAUGACUCUAACUUGAGGUCUCACAGAACUGAAAUUGAAGAUGAGAAACUACUCGAGUCUGAUUCAGAGAAGAUUAGAAGACAGAAGUUUGAGGCCAUCUUAAACCUGCAGCAAGAAAAUAGUGGCAUAAUUGAACCAAAAAGAGAGAUAGUUGUUUUACCUGGUAUGUAUCUUGCUCAGCCAGUCACAUUGCCAGCACAGACAUUGAAUAAAGAAACCACGGAAGAACAGCAAAGAAAUGUAUCCGUGGAUUCUGGGGGUUCUUCAAAUAGACCUAGCUCCAGUGAGCACAGGAACUUGGGUUGGAGGAAGCAGAGAAUACAAAAUUCAAGAAAACAAGUUAAACAGUGGGUCAGAAAAGAUGGUGGUCCUUCAAAUUAGGGUAUAAAACGUUAUGCCUGAAGCAUCUAAGUACUAUGGCAGCCUACUAGCUUUGACGUGUUGGAUAUGGGCAUUGUCAAAUUUCACAUAGAUUGGAGUGAUGCAGCAAUUAUACAAACACCAACUAUGGAGCCUCAAUUGUGGUAGUUGCUCAUUAUCAAGCCUCCUUCUUCAAUUGCUACUUAGUUUGUUAAUUUCAUUAUGGACCCCUUAUAUUUAAAAGAAAAUAUCAUUAUUUAUAUAAAACUAUUCCUGCACA